CCACUUUACGUUCGAUUUCGGUGGUCCGUGAAUGUUGCACGCUUAUCUCGCGAGACCACGCUUCCUUGUCAACACCGUACGUGUCUUCCAGACUGGGAGGUUCAGUGAUGCGCUUUUUUCCGGAUAAAUGGUUUAUUUCUCCACAACAUCAGUGCGUUGAUUAAUUAUCAACAUUUUGGAAGUCCCCGAGGACACCGCUGUCCCCCAAAGCUCCUAUAUCGGCUCUUCCUUGUUCGCAGCUGUGGUGAAGUCUGAAGACUGAAGACCGAGACCUGAAGGAGCCGCAGCCGGAAAACAGCUCCGGUUUCCCGGCUACGGUCCCCCGGUCCCCCCGGUCCCCCCGGUCCCCAUGGCGGACGGCGGCUCCCCGGCGGAGUUCUCCCUGCCCACCCCGGCUCUGCCCCCGCCCAGGACCCGCAUCUUCAAGAUCAUCGUGAUCGGGGACUCGGGCGUGGGGAAGACCUGCCUCACCUACCGGUUCUGCGCAGGACGGUUCCCCGACAAGACCGAGGCCACGAUCGGAGUGGACUUCCGGGAGAGGCUGGUGGGGAUCGACGGGGAGCAGAUCAAGAUCCAGCUGUGGGACACGGCGGGACAGGAGCGCUUCCGUAAGUCCAUGGUGCAGCACUACUACCGCAACGUGCACGCCGUGGUGUUCGUGUACGACGUGACCAACGCCGGCAGCUUCCAGAGCCUGCCGGCCUGGAUCGAGGAGUGCAAGCAGCACUCUCUGGGCACCGAGGUGCCGCGGAUCCUGGUGGGGAACAAGUGCGACCUGCAGGACUCGGUGCAGGUGGCCACCGACGUGGCGCAGCAGUUCGCCGACUCCCACUCCAUGCCGCUGUUUGAGACGUCGGCCAAGAACCCCGGCAGCCCGGGGGACGGGGGCCCUCGGGGCCAGCGGGACAGCGACCACGUGGAGGCCAUCUUCAUGACCGUGGCACACAAGCUGAAGUCCCAGAAGCCCCUGGUGCUGAGCCAGCCGGCCGAGGGCCCGGGGGCCCCCGUGGCCCUGGGCCCCGGGGGGGACGGGGGGGCCCGGGGCUGGGGCUGCAGCUGCUGAGGGCAGGGACACGCAGGGAUCCGUCAAACACCGGGGGACACGUCUUCACCGCUUGCUUCACUGUUGUCUUGGGUCUUUGUGACGUUCACGUGUCCGUUGGCUGGUCCAGAUGCUGGUCUGUCCUGGAACUACUGGAGGUGUGACGGUUAAAGCAGCUUUCCGGUUGGAGGAAAGUGCCGUGUCUGGAACCUGAACACGCAGCGCAGGGGGGCAGCCGACGCCCAGGACCGCGGCUGCAUCCGUUCUCACCCCCACCUCGUCUCAUCUCCAUCGGCAGAGUGAGGACGCGUGACAGUGGUCAUCUGGUUGUGCUUCUGCAACCAGCGUAAACAUUGAACACUGGCCCACAAUGCACUUGUGCAGUAUUAUAGUUGGAGUGAGAUGAAGGAAUGCAGCUCAGUGGAUAAAGGUUAACCCGUAAAACACAACUGUUGAUCAGGUUCUGGACCGGUGAGGAGCUGAGCUACGUACUGGACCUCCUCCAGAGGAACGGCUUGUUUCUGUUGUGUAAACUCGCCAUGCAACAUUCAGUAAUGGCUCUUUUCCAUUAGCACCUACUCAGCUCUACUCAUCUCAACUGGGCCUGGUUUCUUUUCCAUAACAAUUCAGCACCUGGAGCAGAAGUAGGAGGUUGGAGAAGCUGCUGUGACGUAUUUGAUUGUGUAUCUAAAAGAAGAAGACAACAACACUAAAGAUGUAGAACCUGGAGGAGAUGAUAGAUGUGCUGCUGGGUCUGUGGCUUGUGUUUGAUAUCAAGUUAAAAAAUGAGAGUGAGAGAAGCUUCAAGCAGCAACACUUUUUAAUUUUUGUUAGUUUGUCUCUGUGCUGCUGAAAAGUCAGCUGGAGCCGUGAGCAGCUAUGAAGAGACAGAGCUCCUGGUAGAUCUGGUCGUUCCUUAUCUCCGUCUAGAUCCCUUUUUAAUUCUCUCCUCAGCACCAGGUUUAUGAACAUCUGCACCUCAGAGUUGGACCAGAAACAGACUUUUGCUGCAAUUGCUGUUGGAUAAAAUGAACAAGAAUCUGUCAGAGUCUCUUUCUCUGAUUUCCUCCUCCUGACUCAGACGUUUGACUCCAACCCCCCGACCAAUCGGUGGCCUGUAGUGUGAUGAUGUCAGAUACAGCUGACUCAGCCGCUUAGAACCUCGGCAGAAUAGUUACAGAAAAGUAUCUACUCGGCACGUUAGACUAGCGCAGGGGUCGGCAACCCGCAGCUCUAGAGCCGCAUGCGGCUCUUUAGCGCCGCCCUAGUGGCUCCUGGAGCUUUUUUUUUCUCUUUUUUUCUUCCUCUUUCCUUUCCUUUUUAAUCUCGACAUUUCGACUUUUUUCCACAAAAUUCGAACUAUUUCCUCAACAUUUCGACUUUUUUCUCAACAUUUCUCCUUUCACCAUUUGCCUUCAUUCUAAGGCUGAUACAAGACUUUUCAUUUUUUGCGGCUCCAGACAUAUUAGUUUUUUGUGUUUUUGGUCCAAUAUGGCUCUUUCAACAUUUUGGGUUGCCGACCGCUGGACUAGUGGGAAAGAACCAAACCGAGUGGAGUCGAGUCGGGCUGAGUAGGUACUGAUGGAAAAGCACUAAGUGUCUCUGCGCUGUACACUGGUAGCUUUCACUGCUGCAGCCGUGUCCUCGUGUCCUCGUGUCCCAUCAUGCACUUCUGUGUCCACAGCUGGUCCUGUGGCUCUGACCCGGUUCUCCCAGGACGACCCGGUUCUCCCAGUACGCCUCUCUCAGGACUCUAACGGAGAGCAGGCAGUGACGGCUCCAUAAGUGACCUUUGUUUUAUUUCCAGUUCAACAAAUUCUGUGUGAAAGACGUGCGUUCAGUGGGGAAGUAUAACCGUGCAAUAAACUGACCAGAAAACACAGAGAAGUUCAUUUAUUCAUCCUCAGUCGCCAUGACAACAGCAUGGAUGAUUGGACAUUUGAGUUUUAAAUGUGACAUGUACAAAAAGAUUCAAAUCUGACACGGUUGGAGAUUCACUGUUGGGUAAAUAAAAAUAACGUCAUGUUGUAAAGAUCCGAGUGUCAACGAUGCUUCAUUUCAAUCCUGCGGAGUCGGGCCGGUAUGUCUGUCCACAUGUGUGUCCCGUCAGGCCAGCCUGCUGUAGGGGGGCAGCCCGGAGCUCGGAGCCUCCUCUUCCUCGGCCGUGUCUCUGCCGGGCUGAGCCGGGGAGUUGAAGAGGCUGCCGUCGCCUCCUGCUGGAAGAAAAGAGAACUACAUCACCACACUGAUCCCACACGUCUCUUCCACACCGUCAUACUUUAACUAGGGAAGAGUAUCGGGGCCAGGCAGGAGAAAAAUAUUUG